UCUAAAUAUAAAACCGGCGUGAGUUGGGCGAGCGCGGCGCGGAGCCGCAGAGCCGCCAGGCGGGCCGGGCGCACCGGGACUCGGCCGACAGACGGCGGCGGCUCCGCAGAGGCGCGAGGCGGUGGGAGCGCCCGAGUCGCGAGCUCGCGGGGGACCGCGAGAUCGACGCGUGCUGCGAGGAGGACGCAGGAGGCGGCGGCAGGCGGGCCUCGUGGGCGCAGCGCGGCCCGCGCCGAGCGACCGGAGGCGGCUCCCGGCCCCUGCCGCACCGCGAGCGGCGAGCCCCCCGCGCCUCGCGUCCGCGCCCUCCCGCUCCGGCCCCUCCCUCCCUCCCUGGCGCAACAUGGCUGCGGCCGCCGCCUCCGCCUCCCAGGACGAGCUGAAUUCUUUAUACAAUUGCAUGUGUACGAGUGGAUGAACGUACCACUGGUGAUCCAGAGGAUUUUUGUCAAGACUGGAUAAACCAUGUAUCACAUUGAUUGUAGAGAUCAGCUUGAACGGGUCUUUUUACGACUUGGCCAUGCUGAAACAGAUGAACAGUUACAGAAUAUUAUAUCUAAAUUCCUUCCUCCUGUUUUGCUCAAGCUGUCCAGCACCCAAGAAGGAGUACGUAAAAAGGUAAUGGAACUGUUGGUCCAUCUGAAUAAGCGUAUAAAAAGCCGCCCCAAAAUACAGCUCCCUGUAGAGACACUAUUGGUUCAAUACCAGGACCCGGCUGCAGUUUCCUUUGUCACAAAUUUUACUAUAAUUUAUGUUAAGAUGGGCUAUCCUCGCCUGCCAGUGGAAAAACAAUGUGAACUGGCCCCCACGCUUCUUACUGCCAUGGAAGGGAAGCCUCAGCCACAGCAGGAUAGCUUAAUGCAUCUUUUAAUACCAACCCUUUUUCACAUGAAAUACCCUGUUGAAUCAUCAAAAUCAGCUUCUCCGUUUAAUCUUGCUGAGAAACCAAAGACUGUGCAGCUGCUUUUGGACUUCAUGCUAGAUGUCCUUCUGAUGCCUUACGGAUAUGUGUUAAAUGAAUCCCAGAGUCGCCAAAAUUCAUCUUCAGGACAGAGUUCUUCUUCAAAUAGUGGGGGAGGUUCUGGAAUACCACAGCCUCCUCCAGGAAUGAGUUUUUAUGCAGCUAAGCGAGUUAUUGGUGAUAACCCGUGGACACCUGAACAGUUGGAACAGUGCAAAUUGGGUAUAGUGAAAUUCAUAGAAGCUGAGCAGGUGCCUGAACUUGAAGCUGUUCUCCACCUGGUGAUUGCUUCUAGUGACACACGCCACAGUGUAGCGACAGCAGCGGACCUAGAAUUGAAAAGCAAGCAAAGCUUGAUUGACUGGAAUAAUCCUGCCAUCAUUAAUAAGAUGUACAAGGUAUACCUUGGAGAUAUACCACUGAAGACGAAAGAGGGAGCAGUUCUGAAGCCAGAGCUGAAGAGGGACCCAGUCAGUACAAGGGUCAAGUUGAAGAUUGUCCCCCAUCUCCUUCGUUCUAGACAAGCUGCAGAAACGUUCCCUGCUAACAUUCAGGUGGUGUAUGACGGACUCUUUGGUACAAAUACAAAUUCAAAAUUGAGAACGUUAUCCUUGCAGUUUGUGCAUCACAUUUGUAUAACUUGUCCAGAAAUCAAGAUUAAGCCCCUAGGUCCAAUGCUUUUGAAUGGCCUGACCAAGCUAAUCAAUGAAUAUAAAGAAGACCCUAAGCUACUGUCAAUGGCAUAUUCAGCUGUUGGAAAACUCUCCAGUCGAAUGCCCCAUUUAUUCACUAAGGAUAUAGCUCUUGUGCAGCAGCUUUUUGAAGCCCUGUGUAAGGAAGAGCCUGAGACUCGGCUUGCUAUUCAAGAAGCGUUAUCUAUGAUGGUUGGAGCUUAUAGUACUUUGGAGGGAGCACAGCGAACUCUCAUGGAGGCACUUGUGGCUUCAUACUUAAUAAAGCCUGAAGUUCAAGUUCGACAGGUGGCUGUGAAAUUUGCUAGCACGGUGUUUCCCUCAGAUCAUAUACCGUCCAGAUAUUUGCUCUUACUAGCUGCAGGAGAUCCACGAGAAGAAGUUCAUGGAGAGGCACAGCGAGUAUUAAGAUGUCUUCCUGGUAGAAACAGAAAAGAAAAUGCUUCUAAGCAGAUGCCUUCUUUCCCAGAAAUGGUGUAUUAUAUUCAAGAAAAGGCUUCCCAUCGAAUGAAAACUCCAGCCAAGUACAUGACUGGGACCACUGUCCUUCCGUUUAACCCAGCGGCCUUUGGAGAGAUCGUCCUGUACUUGCGCACGUGCCUAGCGCACAGUGCCGGAGUGGUGCCCACCUCCCAGAGUUUGGCCGAUAUGCAAGAUCACGCCCCGGCCAUUGGACGCUACAUACGGACUCUGAUGUCAGGUAGCCAGGCGACAUCCUCAUCAUCUUCUUCCAAGAGUGGAGAGACCAAUCCUGUUCAGAUCUACAUUGGCCUGCUUCAGCAGCUGCUGGCAGGUGUUGGAGGUUUGCCAGUCAUGUACUGUCUGCUGGAAGCUGUCUCUGUGUAUCCAGAAAAACUGGCUGCCAAAUUUGUAGACAAAACAGAAUGGAUAAAGAGUCUGAUGAAUAGCAGUAAAGAAGAGAUGCGUGAACUGGCAGCAUUGUUUUAUUCUGUGGUGGUGUCUACAGUGUCAGGAAAUGAGUUGAAGUCAAUGAUAGAACAGCUUAUAAAGACUACAAAAGACAAUCAUAGCCCAGAGAUACAACACGGAUCCUUGCUUGCAUUGGGGUUCACAGUAGGAAGAUAUUUGGCUAAGAAGAAAAUGAGAAUGGCCGAACAACGAGACCUGGAGACAAAUGCCGAUUUCCUGCCUGACCAGGAGGAGCUCAUUCAGAGCGCCACAGAAACGAUAGGCUCGUUUUUGGACAGUACGUCGCCCCUCCUGGCAAUUGCUGCCUGUACAGCCCUGGGUGAAAUUGGCAGAAAUGGUCCCCUCCCAAUCCCCAGUGAGGGAUCUGGCUUCACCAAAUUGCAUCUUGUAGAAAGCUUACUGAAUAGAAUACCCUCCAGUAAAGAAACAAAUAAGAUGAAAGAACGAGCAAUCCAAACACUGGGAUAUUUUCCAGUUGGGGAUGGAGAUUUUCCUCACCAGAAGCUCCUCUUGCAAGGUCUGAUGGACUCUGUGGAGGCCAAGCAGAUAGAGCUGCAGUUCACAAUCGGGGAGGCCAUCACCAGUGCUGCGGUAGGAACGAGCUCUGUGGCUGCCCGAGAUGCCUGGCUGGUGACUGAAGAGGAAUAUACUCCCCCUGCUGGAGCCAAAGUGAAUGAUGUGGUCCCCUGGGUGUUGGAUGUGAUUUUAAAUAAACAUAUUGUCAGCCCCAACCCACACGUGAGGCAAGCGGCCUGCAUCUGGCUCCUUUCCCUUGUGAGGAAGCUAAGUACCCAUAAAGAAGUGAAGUCUCACCUGAAGGAAAUUCAGAGUGCAUUUGUUUCCGUUUUGUCAGAAAAUGAUGAACUUAGCCAAGAUGUUGCCUCAAAAGGUCUUGGGUUGGUGUAUGAACUGGGCAAUGAACAAGAUCAACAGGAAUUGGUUUCAACACUUGUAGAGACACUCAUGACUGGCAAAAGAGCGAAACAUGAAGUUUCUGGAGAGACAGUGGUAUUUCAAGGAGGAAGCCUUGGCAAAACACCCGAUGGCCAGGGCCUCUCUACUUACAAGGAGCUUUGUUCUCUGGCAAGUGAUCUUAGUCAGCCAGAUCUGGUGUAUAAAUUUAUGAAUUUAGCCAACCAUCAUGCGAUGUGGAACUCUAGGAAGGGUGCUGCUUUUGGUUUUAAUGUGAUUGCCACCAGAGCUGGAGAGCAGCUGGCUCCUUUUCUGCCUCAGCUAGUUCCUCGUCUUUAUCGUUAUCAGUUUGAUCCCAACCUGGGCAUUCGACAGGCCAUGACAAGUAUUUGGAAUGCAUUGGUCACUGACAAAUCAACGGUGGAUAAAUAUUUGAAGGAAAUUCUUCAAGAUCUGGUUAAGAACCUUACCAGCAAUAUGUGGCGAGUUCGAGAAUCUAGCUGUUUAGCUCUGAAUGAUUUAUUGAGAGGAAGACCCCUAGAUGACAUCAUUGAUAAACUUCCAGAAAUUUGGGAAACUCUUUUCCGGGUACAAGAUGAUAUCAAGGAAUCUGUACGGAAAGCUGCAGAACUAGCCCUGAAAACCCUAAGCAAGGUUUGUGUGAAAAUGUGUGACCCUGCCAAAGGAGCAGCUGGCCAGAGAACCAUCGCUGUCCUUCUGCCUUGCCUUCUGGACAAAGGAAUGAUGAGCCCUGUGACAGAAGUUCGAGCCCUCAGCAUUAACACCCUUGUGAAGAUUAGCAAAAGUGCAGGAGCCAUGUUGAAACCACAUGCACCAAAACUCAUCCCAGCUCUGUUGGAAUCCUUAAGUGUGUUGGAACCCCAAGUUCUCAAUUAUUUGAGCCUCCGGGCUACAGACCAAGAAAAGGCUGCGAUGGAUAGUGCUCGACUUAGUGCUGCCAAAUCCUCUCCCAUGAUGGAAACAAUCAACAUGUGCCUGCAGUAUCUUGAUGUGUCGGUGCUGGGUGAGCUAGUUCCUAGAUUAUGUGAAUUGAUCAGAAGUGGUGUGGGUCUCGGAACUAAGGGAGGCUGUGCCAGUGUCAUUGUGUCAUUAACUACUCAGUGUCCCCAGGACCUAACACCUUACUCAGGUAAACUUAUGAGUGCUUUGCUUAGUGGCCUGACAGAUCGGAACAGUGUAAUUCAGAAAUCCUGUGCAUUUGCCAUGGGCCAUUUAGUUCGGACUUCACGGGAUAGCAGCACUGAGAAACUCCUACAGAAACUCAAUGGCUGGUACAUGGAGAAAGAAGAACCCAUCUACAAGACCUCUUGUGCUUUGACUGUUCAUGCUAUUGGACGAUACAGCCCGGAUGUAUUGAAGAACCAUGCCAAAGAAGUUCUGCCUUUGGCAUUUUUGGGCAUGCAUGAAAUUACUGAUGAGGAGAAAGCAGAGAAGGAAGAGUGUAACUUAUGGACUGAAGUGUGGCAGGAAAAUGUACCUGGUUCCUUUGGUGGCAUUCGGUUAUACCUGCAGGAGUUGAUUACCAUUACCCAGAAGGCUUUGCAGUCCCAGUCCUGGAAAAUGAAAGCCCAGGGUGCAAUUGCCAUGGCAUCAAUUGCAAAACAGACCAGCUCCCUAGUACCUCCAUAUCUGGGAAUGAUCCUGGCCGCAUUACUGCAAGGCCUGGCUGGAAGAACAUGGGCAGGAAAGGAAGAGCUGUUGAAAGCCAUUGCCUGUGUGGUGACAGCAUGCAGUGCACAGCUGGAAAAGCCUGUGCCCAAUCAGCCCAGCACAAAUGAAAUUCUCCAGGCUGUUCUGAAGGAGUGUUGCAAAGAGAAUCUUAAAUAUAAGAUCGUAGCAAUCAACUGUGCGGCGGAUGUCUUAAAGGCCACCAAAGAAGACAGAUUCCAGGAGUUUUCAGACAUUGUCAUACCUCUCAUCAAGAAGAACUCACCUGAGAGCACUGGCAUUCGGACAACCAAAAACGAAGAUGAGAAUGAGAAGGAGAAGGAGCUCCAGCUGGAAUGUCUGCUGGGAGCCUUUGAGAGCCUGGGCAAAGCCUGGCCCCGGAACGUGGAGACCCAGCGUUGUUACCGUCAGGAGCUGUGCAAGUUGAUGUGUGAGCGGCUGAAACUCAGCACAUGGAAGGUGCAGCUCGGAGUCCUACAGUUGAUGAAUGCCUUUUUUCAGGGAUUAAUGCUUUUGGAAGAAGAACAUGCAGAUCCUGAAGCUUUGGCUGAAAUUCUUCUCGAAACUUGUAAAUCAAUCACAUAUUCUUUAGAAAAUAAGACCUACUCAUCUGUGAGAACGGAAGCUUUAUCUGUGAUAGAAUUACUGCUUAAAAAACUUGAAGAAUCGAAACAGUGGGAAAGUUUGACAUCAGAAUGCAGAGUGCUCCUAAUCGAGUCUUUAGCUACUAUGGAGACGGACAGCAGACCUGAGCUGCAGGAGAAAGCAUCAUUACUGAAGAAAACACUUGAAAACCUGGAAUAAAUUAGAAGGAGAAGAAAGCAACAAGUGCCAUGUUCAUUGGGGGUUGAAAUGGUGGUAUUCUUUGAAAAACCAAGUGGGUAAAAGUAAAGAUUAAUCUGUAGCAUGCAUCAUUCCUUGGCUGAAAUAAAAAAAAAAUGCCUUAAAUUUUGUUCCUUAUUAGCUUUAUUUUACUUGAUUUUUAAAAGUGUCUGGGCUGAGUGAGCUUAAUGGGACCUUGGAUGUUUGAGAGGUGGUCAGAGGUGAAACUGAUGGAAAUAGUUAUGAAAAGAAUUAAGGCUGUAAUUAAAGGAAUAGGCAGAGUUGCAGAGCAAGCUGGAUAAGAAUCUUGGAACUGCAUCCAAAUUAAAUAAGGUUAUUUCAGGAAGGGACUCUGUAAUUCACUUAUUUUAGCCCCCUUGCUUUACACCUGAAGAAAUAAGCUAGCAGAUGACUUAGCUUCUGAUCUGAAGCCUGUGCCAAGGCUGGGACCCAGGUGUUUGAAGACCUGCCCAGUAUACUUCUUUUAUAAGCUGCUGCCAAUCAGUGCUACCCCUGGCCUGCCUAAGAAACUCCCAAGAUGAGGUGUAUACUAUAGUCCUUGAACCAGAACUGAACCGACCCGUUAUCUAAGUACUAUUGGAUUCUUGAAUUCAGAGGCGGAACGUUGUCUUGUCAUUUGUUUAGAUGAUCGGUUUUUAGAAAAUGAUUGGUUACCAUCUUUACGGGCUGAGAGACUUUGUUCUCCAUGUGAUAAUUCUGAUUGCCCUUUUACAGGCAUGUGAAAGGAGAUUAGGACAGGAUUGCUUGUUCUGUCUGUAUCUGUAGUUUGCGUAUUUUGCAAAAGCCAAAAACCAACAACAAAAUCGUGACUGCUCUGUUUUAGACCAUUUAUAAUCUCAAAACUGUAAAGACAAUAAAUUGCCGCCCAUUCUUAUACUAACAGUAUGACUCUAGAAAUAGAAGACAAGCGUCUUAAUUAACCAUUUGGGAAUAACCUAUCACUGAAAGUAAACAGUUGCAGCUAGGGUUUCUUUUGUUGUUGUUCUGCUCAUACCCCUGCCAAAGGGUAUAGGGUAAGGGGAAGAACCAAGUCUAACACAAGUGUUUAUGGUAAACUGAGAACUCUAGCUCACCUUGGAUUCCAAGCACAAAAUUGGUGUUACAGUCAAUACUGACCGCUUACUGACAUUAACACCAGGGUGGAAACUCCAUGGUUGUUAUUUUUGGUGGUCUCUAUAGGCCAUUGUAUUGACUGUGACCCAUAAUAAAAGUAACUUCUUACAUCUUGACCCAGAAUUGUGUAUGUGUGUAUGAAUCAAUAUAAAAUCUUUAACUCAAAUAAAUGUUUUGUGAAAUAAUACACAUACUCUUAACUAUGUGUGAUCUACUUUGAUCCCUCCUCCACCACCACCCCCCACCACCACCAUUUUAGAUUCUUUUCAGACCCACUAAAUUCAUUUCCUGUCUUACAAAUGGGUUGCAAUUCACAGUUUGAAAAACAUAGCUGAAAAUAGUACUUAGGCUUGGCUGGAUGUACUAUGUUUUGGAGUUGCUUCCUAUUUGGAAAGGGAGUCUACAAAUGAAAAUGUAGGUGUUUAUUAUUAAAACGUCCUCUUAGCUGAUACUAAAUAUAAUUGUGGGUUUUAGUAGCAUUAUGGAUUGUAAGGAGCUUCUCAUGGACUUCGACUUAAGAAUGGCUUUUACUUGGCGGAAAAUCAACUUUGGAUAUUUUUCAGAAGGCAUAUGGCCUCAUAGAAUUUGGUGUUUUUCCAGACCAGUAUUUCCCCCUCUGCUAAGUGCCCUCUUUCAUUUGCAGGACCUGGGACAUGCCUCUAAGGCAAGAAUGCAGUACAGGUCGGCUGUUUUCAGAAAGAGUGUAAGGGCAAGAAUUGUGCUCUCGGCCCAUAUGGAGUGUUAUACCUCAUCAAAUUGUAUGCUUUUUAAACCUUUUGUUAUUUACCGUUGGGAAUUUCCCAUGGUGCUGAGAGAGUGGUGCUGACACUUGAGCCUUUGCGCUCAGCGCUGUUUAGUUCAUUUAUUGUCGCUUUCUAUAAGCACAGUUCCAAUUUACACUCUUAAUGCCUUCAUCUCAACCAGCCAAGUCAUUUGCACAACUAGUAAUGUGAAAUCAUGGUCUCCCAGUGCAGCUUGUGUUGGGUGUGCACGGGUGCACAUAUCUCCUAAAAGGGUUACUAACUUAGUCUGUAAUUGUGGGAUGGUUCUGGUGAACAAAUGGCAAAAGGACCCAUGCAUGGUUAUGUCUUUGGCCCUCAUUUUCCAAAGCUGUCUGGAACUGAUUUUUUAUUAUUUUUUUUUUCCCUGAGAACACUCAGUGCUACCGAUCAUACAAGUGGCUGUUUUAGAGUCUAAUUACUGAAUUCCUUAUUCCUGGAAUUAGGGCACUAGCUAGAGCUUCACAAAUCUAUUGAUAACGUGAGAAGGAGGGACCUGAGGUCUGACCAUUGGAAAUCAAAACAAUGAAAGUAGUAUAAAAUCAUGUUUUUGGUGAUAAAGAGCGGCAGUUUCUUUAAUCAAUGUUUGUGUCCAAUUUGCAACUGCUGGCGUGUCUGCCUGUGGCAGCGUACCUGCCAAUAAAACUGACUGCCACCAAAUCCCCAUUGCUUUCCCCUUCCACCUUUUCCUUGUGUAUGCACUAACAAGAAAAAAGAAAAAAGAUGUGACCUUGUUGAUCUGUGCUCUCGUAGCGGUUGCACUGUGUGAACACUGUUUGCCCUUUGCAGGGCGUCUCCACCGGCUGCCGCCACAAUAUAUUCAUGCUGCUUGUUAAGUACAGGGAGUUCUUUUGACAUUGGCACUCAUUGUAAUGUACAAAUGUUGUUAAAUGGAUGUAUAUGUAACAGAUUUUUGUAUUUUAUAUGCAAAGUCUUCAUAGAAUCCUUUGCAAUUUGUGCUGAACUAGUUAAGCAUGUGAUAGUCUUAUUUGAAAGGAAAACUCUACCCAUGCCCAAGAAGAUAAUACGUGGUAAAUAAAAGCUGCAUGAUCAGUU